CUAGUUUCCGGCGGGCUCCUUAGAGCGGUGAACAGCUUUGGGCCAAAGGACCAUGAAAGGGCCAGAGUCGGGUCCCGAACCCACGAUGGAGGGGGACGUGCUGGACACACUAGAGUCGUUGGGGUAUAAGGGACCACUGUUAGAAGAGCAAGCCCUUAUCAAGGCAGCCGAGGAUGGACUGUCUUCACCUGAAUUUUCAGAGCUCUGUGUUUGGUUAGGCUCUCAAAUAAAAUCACUCUGCAACUUGGAAGAAAGUAUCACUUCAGCUGGGGGAGAUGAUCUAGAAAGCUUCCAGCUGGAGAUAAGUGGCUUUUUAAAAGAAAUGGCAUGUCCGUAUUCUGUACUCAUAUCAGGAGAUGUGAAAGACCGUUUAAAAAAGAAAGAUGACUGCUUGAAACUUCUCUUAUUUUUAAGUACAGAGCUUCAAGCUUUACAGAUAUUACAGAACAAGAAGUGUAAAAAUUCUCAAGUAGAUAAAAAUAGUGAAAUUUAUCAGGAAGUUCAAGCUAUCUGUGAUACCCUUGGUGUUCCCAAGUCAACAACUUCUGACAUUCCACUUACGUUAAACCAAGUGGAGUCAAAGGUGAAAGCUAUUCUCUCAAAAGUCCAGAAAAAUCAUGUGGGAAAACCACUGCUGAAGAUUGAUUUAACUCCAGAACAGGUGGAACAACUGGAAAGAAUCAAUGAUGCCCUUUCCUGUGAAUACGAGUGCCGCCGGAGGAUGUUGAUGAAACGAUUGGACGUGACAGUGCAGUCUUUUGGGUGGUCCGAUAGAGCAAAGGUGAAAACAGAUGACAUAGCAAGAAUUUAUCAGCCUAAGCGUUAUGCUUUGUCACCCAAGACAACGAUUACAUUGGCACAUUUACUCGCUGCUCGUGAAGAUCUAUCCAAAAUCAUUAGGACAAGUAGUGGCUCCAGCCGGGAGAAAACGGCGUGUGCCAUUAAUAAGGUGCUGAUGGGAAGGGUGCCUGACAGGGGAGGACGGCCGAAUGAAAUCGAACCACCACCUCCUGAGAUGCCACCUUGGCAAAAGAGACAAGAAGGCGGCGGAAGGGGUGGUUGGGGUGGUGGAGGUGGUGGGAGAGGAGGGGGUGGCGGUGGGAGAGGAGGCGGAGGUUGGGGAGGCGGUGGGGGCGGAGGGUGGGGAGGUGGUGGGGGAGGUGGUGGCAGAGGAGGAGGUUUCCAAGGUAGGGGAGAUUAUGGAGGAAGAGGGGGCUAUGGUGGAAGAGGGGGCUAUGGUGGAAGAGGUUAUGGAGAUCCAUAUGGAGGAGGUGGUGGUGGAUAUAGGAGAUACUAAUAACUACAAAAAUUAGCAGUCAUUACUUCUUGAUAGAUACAUUAGGCAUAGUGUUCUAAAUAACAUACUUGAAUGUCAUCUUUGAGGUAAACACCAUGUUAGAUUCCUUGUCAUUCUUUAAUUGGGUUAAUAUGUAAGAGUAUUGUUUUAUACUACCAUUUCAUCUCCUGGACAGAAUGAUGAUUUUAUUUUUAUCAUUUUGUGUACUCUUGAGCAUGUUAUGUCUUUUUAAAAAAACAAAAAAUGAGCUAAAACUAUUUUUAAAAAUGUAAAUAUUUAUUACCAUCAAACUUGGAAAAUGGAAAGUAUUUUAUUGUCAUGAUUGAAUUUAGAUUGUUACCUGUAUUUUAUUCAGGUUUGAGACACAUAAAUGAGCCCACUUGUUAUUAGA